GCAUUCAAAAUGGCGAGAAAUUGAUAAUAACUAAAAAGUGUAAUUUAAUCAAAUUUAAUGUGAAAAUAUGAUUUAGUUUGCUCCUUGAAUCGUUUUGAUACGCUAGGAUGGCUUCUAGAAAGCUUUCUCCUUCUACAAAAAGCAAUGUUGGGUCUCGUCCAUGCUCUCCUCAGCUUGCUGUAAGUGUUGAGCAAGCAUUUCUUGAAACAUAUUUUCUUGUCCUGAGUCAAUUUGGAUUUGACAAAGCAAAGGAUCUUGCUUUGAAAGAAAAAGAAAGUAACUUGAAGAAAGGACAACUGGCCGUCACUUGUCCUUGGUUAACUUUAAUCAACAAUUUAUGUGCUCUUGCAGAAGCAGAAAAGACGUAUUCCUCAUGCAGUUUUCUUGUUAAGAAGCGUUUCAGAAAAGAUUCUCUGUUGUCGGACUACCAAACUAUUGAAUGCGAAGUAGAAAAGCUCUCUGGAUUGUCUUCUACUAAAGACAAUGAAGCAUUAAUGUCUGAUGUAAUAAGCCGUGGUUUGUUGGCAGAACUUUGUCGACAUCUCACUCAAUUUGUUCAAGCAAGACAACAGUGUAUGAAAAUUUAUGAAAAUUUAGCAACAUUGAAUUUACAUACAUCGACUAGCAAUCCUGUUCUUCCUUACUCGGAAAUUGUUCAAGCUGUAAUGUCAAUUAGAAAUGCGAACAUAAAAAAGUUCCAUCAUCCAAUAUUGGACCCAGUAAAGACUUCCUUUAGUGUUGAAAUGGACUUACUGCAUCAUUUGUUGCAAGCACAAUGUGACUUAGUUGAUUGGAAAUUUUUACCAUCACUAUUACAUUUACAUGAAAGCAAAGCAAAACUCCUUUCUUGGAAUAAAACGCUACCUUCGUCCUCCGUAAGAGAUUCAUUUACCAGAUCCCUUAGAGUAAAGAAAAGAUUUAGUGGUGGUUCUAGAAGACAGAUAGAAGUGCCUUUACUGUUUCAAUGGCUUGCAAGAUUUCACGCUUCCCUUGUUUCCAAAUUUUCUCUCUAUUUUCAUGCCACACUUAGUGAGCAGUCAUCACCGGUUGAAAUGAAAACCCUCGUUGCGAAAACUAGCAUUGACUACGUGAACAAAAUUAAUACAUUUUGUCGUCGCUCAGAUGCCUCUUAUAUUAUUCUGUUGUUGGACACACGUGGUUUGAGUGAUUCUUACAAAGCUCCUGGGUAUCAUCUUCCUCGUGUUAAGGUUGAAUUACCCACUGGGAUACAUUCUUAUCCCUCUAUUUUUAGUCAUCCUAAUGAUUGUCCCAAAACUUUCAUGCCAUCGAUCGUUUCCCUUAUUCAGGAUAAUGAGCAUUGUUUAAGUCAAGAGAAGAUUGUUUAUUUUUUUGAUGAACGAUCGCCAAUGACAUAUUUUUUGGCAAAUGCUGACCAUCGUAUGACACUUGUCGUUAUUUUUAAAUGCAAGAAAAACGAACGAGAUUCUUAUGUUGUAAACUUUCUCCAAGAUGUAACCAACGAUUUACGAAAUGUCAACAUUUUAAGUAUGUUGACUAAAGCUACGUGACAGAAGAAAUAUUCUUGGUAAUGCACACACUUUAAAUGACACGGAACAUCUAAAGCAUUUUUAAUCAAUGAUAUACGCUACGACAUGAACCGAUGAAUUUACGAGUGUUGACGAUGAUUUUGUGUUCUUAGGAGGAACAUGUGCAUAAUUUGGAAUUAUUUAUGAGAAAUUUAAAUAGCAAGAUAGCGUUCAAUGCAA